GUCCCCAUCAUCAGUGAUGGCUGAAUGGAGUUGGGUGGCUUACACAGUACUAGAAGUGCUGAUUGCUGCGGCCUGUAGCCUUGGCAAUACAUUGGUCGUGUGUGCAGUGUGUGUCGGCAUACGGGAUUCCCUUCGGGAGCCAACGUUCUGCUUCCUGGUUUCCUUGGCAGUGGCAGACUUCCUGGUGGGUGUGGCCGCAGUGCCCCUGGCUGUACUGUUGGAUGGCUGGGUGAAUCUGACCCCUGACCUGUGCCUGUUUCUCAGCUGUGUCGUCCUCGUGCUGACGCAGGCCUCUGUGCUGUCCCUGCUAGCUAUCGCUGUUGAUCGAUACCUUCGGUUACACACGCCGCACAGAUACAAAGCAAUGGCCACACAGAAGCGAACAUGUUUGGCAGUGUCUGUGUGCUGGAUACUUUCCUGUCUGCUGGGGUUCACCCCACUGUUUGGCUGGCACAACUACUCCACUCUACCAUCUGAUUCCACAAAUACAUCUUCCUCUUCCUUCAUUUCUCCAUCCUGCACCUUCCUCUCUGUUAUCUCCCUUCCUUUCAUGGUUUACUUCAACUUCCUGGGAUGUGUCAUGGCGCCCCUGCUGGUCAUGACCCUCCUCUACAUGCGAAUCUUCUGGAGCCUGCAGGGCCGUCUAAAGGACAGCAGUCCUCAAGCCCAGGCCUCUCUGCUCAGGGAGAGGAGGCUGGCCUGCUCCCUGGCUCUGGUUCUCAUUUUGUUUGCCAGCUGCUGGAUUCCUCUGCACCUGAUGAACUGUCUGCUGCUGUUUCAUGGUCCUCAAGCUGUCACGCAGGGGACACUAUACACAGGCAGGUAUUCUUCUGUCUCAUGCCAACUCAGCUGUCAACCCCGUAGUCUAUGCUUACCGCAUCCCAAAAAUCCAACAGGCCUACAGUCAAAUAUGGAGUCGCUUCCUGAUGAGGCUAAACAGUUGCCAUGGGGACAAGCAAGUUCGCCGAUCAAGUACAGGCCACCGAACCAAUCAUACAGAGACGUGUGGAUCAGGAGGGAGGGCUACACCAUAACACCACAAAACAAAGAUCCACACGGACGUUUUAAGUCAAGGAUGUUUGAGAUUUGA